AAAAAAAAUGAGUGAUGAAAACUAUGAUGAGGAGACUAAGAAGGCUCUCUCAAAGACAAAACAAGAACUUGAAGCUCUCAUUUCCAAACCACCUAUUCAGGAAAAACAUUUGGCAAAACCUCCAACCAAGUUUAUUGCCGCUGUUGUUUUUCAUUUGAAAAAGGAAACGGGUUAUCCUGAAGGAUUGUUUGAUGAUGAGUUUUUAAAAAAGGAAAUGAACACCGACGAAAAAACGUUAUUCUUAAAACAAUUAAUUAACGUUGUAGUUCAUACCAUCAGAAAGAAUGUGAAUGUAAAAGUUGAUUUAUUAAUCAAAGGAAAGGAAAAUCCAAAAAACACUUGUUUAUUCUUCAAAGCUCUUGCUACAGCUGCUGGAAAUAAGGAUAAAUACAAAUAUAAGGAGGCAAUUGAAAGAAUUAAAUCUGGAAAAUACAAGGAUGUUACUGAACGUGAAGAUUCAGCACCUGAAGGAGCUGGAGCAAGGCCUACAACACAACAAACAACAGGUCAAGCAAGACCUACAACACAACAAACUCAACAAACUCAACAAUCACAACAACCAUCACCAACAUCUCCAACUACUGUAAAUCCACAAAAUGAGUCAACAUCAAAACCUCAACAACCAGUUCAAACAAAACCACCAACACCAUCUAAAGAUGAUAGAUCAACAACCCCAACAUCAAUCGAUAUGCAACAACCAAAACCUGCUAACAACUCUAGACCAAGUUCUGGAAGAGAAGUUUCUAAACCUUCUACGCCCAGCAAUCAAGAGGAGCAAAUGCAAGGACAAAUGGAUGACCCAAAUCUCGCUCAAUAUUCCAGACCUUUCUCAUCUAGAGGUCAAUCUGCAAGAAGAGCUCCACCAAAAAUUAAGACCAAUGUAAGAACUAUUGAUACUCAGGAAAUGCCAACAGAGAAGGCCCAAAUUGAACCAAAAGGGGCUGAAGGCUUAAUCACUGAUGAUACUGAAGAAAAGGAAGAGGAACAAAUUAUCAUUGAAAAGAAUGCAGUUCGAUCAUCUGUGCAAGUUACAACCGAACAAAAGGGUAGUUUGAUGAGUAAAUUGAUGGAAAAUGAGAAUGAUAUUGAAAAGAAACGAUCCCAAGGUAAGACUGUUCCUCAAAAGAGCAGUGACGAACCUGUAAAGGGAAUUGUUCUGCAAACUGGUAAGAAGGAAAAGGAUAAAGAACAAACAACAACAGAAUUAUCAAGUUUGAGAGAACAAAUUCAAACAAUUGUUUCCAAGGUGAAUCCUCUUGGUAAAACUAUGGAUUACAUUCAAGAAGAUUUAGACAGUAUGCAAAGAGAACAUGACAUGUGGAGAAAGGAAGUGGAAGUUCAGAGACAGCGAUUAAUAGAAGAAAGACUGAAAACUGACCAAGAAGUUUCCUCAGUCCAAGCUCAACUGAGAGAAUUGGAGCAAAAUAUUUUGGAUAAAUUGGAAAAGAUCAACUCGCUGAAGAGUACUGUCAUUCAAAACGAUAAAUUAUUGGAAAACCUGCUAAGAAAUGUUGUCUCAUAAAAUAAAUGUGUAUAUUUACUUUUACUUCCU